GAUACAAAGCGAGAACGCAAGCGCUAGCGACCGCGCUAGCCAGUUUUGUUUUCUCUGUUUGAAAUUAGGCAGGUUUAUAAUGGCCACAAUGUCCGGAGGAACAAACCUCGGGAUUCCCGGGACAAGCCAAGCUAGCUCCGGGAUAUUUGCGCAUAGGAAAAAGGACAGCAGCCCGUCUGCUAUGUUCUGGGAGAGUCCGGAUACUUUAGCACAGCUGGAGGUGGUCCGACAGUGGAUCGGGAAGCACUACAAAAAGCAUGUGCUGGUGGAUGCUCCAUCUUGUCAGGCUCUUGCUGCCCUCACCCAGCAGCUUCUCCAGUUCCAAGAGGAUGCCUUUGGUAGACAAGCUACCAACCCUGCACACACAAAACUGCCCGCCCAUUGCUUCUUGGAUUUGCGACCAGGAGGAGGACUAUGCCACAUUCUCGGCACUGCUUACAAGUUCAAGGUUGAACAGGGCUGGCGGAGGUUUGACUUUCAGAAUCAGUCAAGAACUGAAAGGAAUGUGGAGAUGUUUGGUGUGAUUGAAAAGGCUCUAAUUCAGAACAACUGCCUGUCUCUGCCUGUAAUAUAUCUGGACCCUACUGUGGACCAGGAGCUGGCCAGAAGACUGACUGGUAUCAUCAUCAAACACCAGGGAUCUGUCACAGAGGACAGGACAAUCUCCAGUCAUCAUAUCUACGGAUCCCAUGUUUCCACAGAAGAGGAUGAGUGGAUGCGUCCCGUCAUGCGAAAAGACAAACAAGUCUUGGUACAUUGGGGUAUGCACCCUGACAGUUAUGACAGUUGGGUGUCCUCAAGUGAUGUUGAGGGAGAAGUUGAAGAGCUGCCACACACAGAAAGGCCAUGGAGGGUUCAUGCUGGUUGGGUUUUAGAUACAGAUGUCUUCAAUGAAUGGAUGAAUGAGGAGGACUAUUGUGUAAAUGAGAGGAACUUACCAGUCAUCCUCCGUCAGCGUAUUCACCUCCAAGAGGACCAGGAAUCAAAGUCUACUCCAUACAAAAAAAGAAGACACUCGCCGUCUCCUACUUCUGAAAGCAGGAAGAAAGGAAAAAAGGGAAGAAGGCGUGGGCAACAAGAAGAAGAGCCAGAAGAGGACCUGACCAAAGAUAUGGAGGACCCUACACCUGUUCCUAACAUGGAGGAGGUCGUACUACCCAAAAAUGUGAACCUGAAGAAAGACAGUGAGAAUACUCCAGUUAAAGGAGGGAUCAUGGCUGACCUAGAUGAACAGGAAGAUGAUUUUCCAGGAAGGGAAGAUGAGGAGGGAAGAGGAGAGAUGCCACGCCUAUCAGAGGGAGAGGACAGCAUCACAGAACAAACCCAUCAUAUAAUUAUACCAAGCUACACGUCUUGGUUUAAUUACAACAGCAUUCACUCGAUAGAGAAACGUGCACUGCCUGAAUUCUUCAAUGGAAAAAACAAAUCAAAAUCUCCUGAAAUCUACCUGGCAUAUCGUAACUUCAUGAUCGACACGUAUCGGCUUAACCCCCAGGAAUACCUGAGCUCAACGUCCUGUAGACGCAACCUCACCGGAGACGUCUGCGCUCUCAUUAGGGUCCAUGCAUUUUUGGAGCAAUGGGGUUUGAUCAACUACCAAGUGGAUGCAGAGAGCAGACCCCUCCCUAUGGGACCUCCUCCCACCCCUCAUUUCAAUGUACUGGCUGACACACCAUCUGGGCUGGCCCCCCUACAGCACAAACCCCUUCAGGUGUCGGCCUCACAACACAUGUUAUAUUUUCCGGAGCGGAGCAGAGAGAAACCUUCAGACUGCCAGAACUUUGGGCUGCGCAGUGACAUCUACACAAGGAAACAUCCAAAGACUAAAGGAGCAAAUGCUGGAAGAGAAUGGACAGAGCAAGAAACACUCUUAUUAUUGGAGGCCUUAGAGGUCUACAGAGAUGACUGGAACAAAGUAUCAGAGCAUGUGGGCUCCAGAACACAGGAUGAAUGUAUCCUUCACUUCCUUCGUCUGCCAAUAGAGGACCCUUACCUGGAGGACUCAUCGGCCUCUCUGGGCCCACUAGCGUAUCAGCCUGUGCCUUUCAGCCAAUCAGAGAACCCGGUUAUGAGCACUGUGGCCUUCCUGGCAUCUGUGGUGGAUCCACGUGUGGCAUCGGCUGCCGCUAAGGCCGCACUGGAGGAAUUCUCCAAAGUGCAGGAAGAAUCGGUAGAUAAAGUCUCCGACUCAUCCAGCCAGUCAGAAAAAACAGAUGUGUUGGACACAGAAAAAUUAGACUUCAACCCCCAUCAGGUCCCAGUGAGGGUGGAUGGGGUUAAGAUGGAACCUGGCAUUUCAAAUGAAGAAGAUCGAGUCAAAAGAGAACAUUCAGACAAUAUACUUGCUGAGGAAAGAGAUGGAAGGGGAGAUGAUGAUGAGAGCAUAGGCCGAAGGGAGGGGGAUGGAGAUGACGGGGGGAGAGGGAUGGAGCAGGAACUGGUAGAAGGCGGCGUUGCCACGGCAGCAGCAGCUGCUCUGGCUUCAGCUGCUACAAAAGCCAAACACUUAGCAGCAGUGGAAGAGAGGAAGAUCAAGUCCCUGGUGGCUCUGCUGGUAGAGACGCAGAUGAAAAAGUUGGAAAUCAAGCUCCGACACUUUGAAGAGCUGGAGACCAUCAUGGAUCGAGAAAAGGAGGCUUUGGAACAGCAGCGACAACAGCUCUUAUCAGAAAGACAGACUUUCCACUCUGAGCAGCUGAAGCAGGUGGAGAUGAAGGUCCGCCAGCAGAGGGAGCAGCAGGGGCAGCCUGGUUACACAAUGCAGCAUUCAGGCCAGUCCAUGCCUAACAGGAUGAUGCCUGGUGGAGGAAACACCCAAACCAUGGCCGCUCGGCACCCUGGAGCUCCCAAUGGCAUGUAUCCAUCCUCACAGCCUGAUGGGAUAGUACCAGCUCAAACCGGUCCUGCAUCUUCCAGUCACAGCUGAACAGACCAGGAAACAAGAUAAAAAAAAAAGCAGCCUGCUUUCAGCCAGGACAAAAGCCCUGCUGAAUUUGUUCAGAAACAACUACUUAAAACUGAAGCCUGUCACGUUUUAGCAACCACGUUUUAGACUGAAAACUUCACAAACAUAUAAACACGGUUAAUGUUUAUUUGGUCAACAGCUCAGUUUGAAUUUUCUCUGUGAAUUAUUUGUGAUCUCAUGUCAAGAUUUGAAAAAUCUUAGCUUGACUCAUUAAAGUUUUUUAUACUAAACUGA